CUCUCUCAAAUAUGUAUGGAGUGAGGGAAAAGAGCAAUUUAAGGAGGGAAAAAAGAAAGAAAUUUUGGAUAGUCACGGGAAUGUGUCAUGUCAGAAGGGGUGCAAUAGGAGAAAUGGAGAGGGCGGAGAAGAGAAAGAGAGGAAAAGAAACAUGGGAUCACGAGAAGAAAGAGAUGAAGAAGAGGCAAGUGAUGACGACGACGACGACAGAUAAUGACGAUAAUGAUGUUGGAAUUAGCUACAAAUUGGAGAACAUGACGAAUAGUAACGACCCUGGAGGCCAGGAGAAUAUUAUGAAAAUAACAUAUGAUGAUAAUGAAAAAGGAAAAAUUGGAGUUUUCGACUUUCCAUGGCUUAAAAAAAGGCGAAGAUGUUAAUUUCAGAGCAGAAAUUGAUGAAUUAUGCUUGGAUAGUACAUUUGCAUGCACUGGAGUAUGCUCUACCUCGUACGAUUUUGAUGAUCAGGACACUCUUUUAAUUCCCACAAACAGCUACAGAGACAUCGCCACUACUAUUACAUCCAAUUCAUCUUGUCUUUUUUAUGAUAAUAAUGCACUCCUCGACCUCGAUCUCGAUCUCGACGAAUUUUACGUGGAGAAUCUAUCGACUAUGGGUGCUGCAGAUCAGUCGUCUGAUGUUCAUCAGCUGAAAGUGAUUAAUAAAAUUGAAGAUGAGCAAUUGAAAUUCCAAGUGGAUGACCAACAACUUGUUGACCCCAAAGAUGGAACUUAAUUGGAGUACUUCGGGCAACGCUGUUAAUAUUAUUGGCAAGACUUAAAGCCAUUUAAAUUUCUCGAUUUCAUCAGACAGAUUGUGCAUUUUCUUUCGCCAUUGUCAUAGGCGAGCAAUUGGUAGGGGUAGCAUCUUUCAAAGCUGUUAGCGCUGACCAUUGAAUAAGUUUCUUCGCCUUAAGUUGGGUUAAAAAUACACCUUCUUUCAUAAAAAAUUUCUACGGUAACAUAGCACCAUGAAUGACGCAUAGCAAAGCAACACCAAAGGACUAAUCCCAUUAUGUUAAAGGAGUUAAAAUUCCAAUUAUGA